AUGUCAUCUAAAAACUCGAAUAUUGACACAUUAAAAGUAUUAAUUGAAAAAUGUGGUAGCUCAUCCUUUGAUAUUGUAUAUGGCAAAAAGUUUUUUUUUAAUCAUACUUUACAUGGACUUAUCGCUUUACACAAGUUACAUGCCUCAGACGAACGUUUGCAAGAAUUUUUUGAUAUUUAUACUAAACUUCUCAAUCCACCAGUCCCGUUGAACCCAGAUGAUCCUCCUUUAACAGAAACAAAUUGGACCGAUUACUUAGGUAAAGAAAAACGUUUUGUUGAAUUAGCUGAUUAUUUUGAAAGAGUAAAACGCGAAUUAGGAGACAAAAAAAAACUAUUACAAAAAUAUUUACCAAAAUUAAUUGAUGGCAUAUCUGGUGAAGCAACACAUGGGAUCAUUCACUUGGGUUAUGCACUUCAUUCACCGGAUGAAAAAUCAUUAUCCGAUGCAUUAGCUGCGCUCACGUGGUCAUAUAGAUAUCUCGGACAUCUAGGUAUGUUUGCAAGACACCGAAUGUAA